AUGAGCGCGGUUAAUUUAAGACGUAUAUGGAUAAUUGAAUAUGACACCAAAUUUGAAUUUCAAUUGAAUAAUCAACAAGUUUGGUGGAAAUCAAGAGAAGAAGAUGAUCCUGAAAAUAUAUUUAUACAUAUUGAAGCUAAAGAAGAUUCAAUUGAUGAAAUUUUGAACAAAGAAAAUGGUGUUGAAUUAGAUGUCAAAAUAACAGAUGGUAUUGAAAGUUUCAGGGCUACAUUGAACAAAAAGAAGAUUAAUGAAGGUAAUGGUGAUGGUAAGAAUCAAAAUGAUUCUGAAUGGUAUAAUUUAUUCUUACAAGCUUUAUUUGAAUCAAUCCCCAUUAAAUUAAAUGAUUCAAUUGAAUUUAUUGGUAAAAAAAUUCAAAAUGAUGAUGGGAAUAGUGCGAUUGAACUUGAAUUGAAAACAAAGAUUUCGGGAUCAAUAAAUAAGACAUUAGGUACUGUUAAAAUUGAUCAUUUUAAUCCUGGUGAUGAUUUUUCAUAUGCUGAUUGUCUUUUCCAAUGGUGUAAAAUUAUGAGUGAUACUAGUAAAAGUAGACAACAGGCUAGAUUGAAAGAACAAGAAAAAAAUCAAGAUUUAAUAAAACAAAAUGAACAAAUAAUCAAAUUCAAAAAGCAAUUAGUUGAUGAUUCCAAAAGGAAAGAUACAUAUACUUUGAAAGUUAUGACAAGAUUGUUGAAUGAAAAGAAAGAUCAUUAUCAAAAACUUUUAGAAGGUAAAAUUCAAGAUGAAGCUGAUGAUUUUAAUGUAAUUGCUAUAAAAACAAUUAAAGAUGAUUUAGCUAAAGAAGAAGAAAUAAUUAAUAAACCAAAGACGAAAAGAUAUAAAAAGAAUCCACAAACUUCAAAACCUGUCAAAAAAUUAAAUUUAAGAAAUAGGAAUACUAAAAAGGAAGAAGAAAAAGAUGAAGAUGGUGAUGAAUUUAUACCAGAUUCAAAUGAUGAGGAUCAAAAGGAGGAGCAUCAAGUUAAAGAAGAGAAUAAUAUUAAAGGUAGUGGACCAGACGUUAAAGCUGAAGAUCAAUCAGAUGAUUAUACAAAGAUUAAAAAGGAAGAAUCUUCAGAAGUAGCGGAAAUACCCAAAGCUAGUAAAGCAAAAUCUGAAAAAUCUAUUCAUUUCAAGUUUAAGAAUGAUAAAGAAGAGGAUGAUAAUAAAGAUGAUGAUGAUGAUGAUGAUGAUCAAGAUAAUGAAAAACCAAAAGAAGAUAAUGAUGAUACGGAGACUGAAGAAGAUGCAACAGAAGAUGAUGAAGUCAAUGAUGAUGAUAAAGAUGUUGAAAUGAAUAAUGAUACAGAAGAAGAUAAUGGAACAGUAACUGAUACAGAAUCAGAUGAUGAUGAGUGA